AUGCGAGCCUGUAGCAAGGGCACAAUAGGCCUGCUGACACUGAGCUCCGGCAAGCCGGUGGAGGUCCACGAGACGGUGGGUCUCAACGACAACCUGAUCCGCAACCUGUACUUCCUGGACUCCAUCACGCACCUGGCCCGCGAGCGCAUCCCCGAGCGCUUCGUCCACGGCAAGGGGUCAGGAGCCUUCGGCUACUUCGAGGUCACGCAUGACGUCACAGGCGUCUGCAAGGCCAAGUUCCUUAGCGAGAUCGGCAAGACCACCCCAGUGGCUGUCCGGUUUUCCUCGACCGGAGGCGAGCGAGGCACCCCAGAUACUACGCCGGAUAUCCGAGGAUUAGCCAUCAAAUUCUACACCGAAGAGGGGAACUUCGAUAUUGUUGCUCUUAACACCCCAGCUUUCGUCAUCAAAGACCCCGUUCUGUUCCCUUCCUUCGUUCAUGCCAUCAAAAGAAACCCCACGUCCAAUAUCAGAGAUGAAAACUCCAGGCUAGACUUCCUUACGCUCAGACCUGAGGAUAGAAACUUCAUGCUGACGUUAUAUUCUGACCGCGCUACUCCCGCCAGCUUCAGGGAAAUGUUCGCUUUCGCUAUCCACACGUACCAAGUUGAAAAUGAGGAUGGUGUGCCCAGUUUUGUUCGCUUUACCUUCUUGCCCGACCUUGGGAAUAGAAAUAUGAACGCAUCCGAAGCGGCCAGGCUGGCCGGAGAAGACCCUGACUACUUGACUAGAGACUUGUUCGACAACAUCGCCAACGGCAACUAUCCGUCCUGGACUGCCUACCUGCAAAUACUGUCCCUGGAAGAUGUAAAAAAUGCGGGCUUCGACGUCUUUGAUGUGACCAAAAUCUUACCUGAACAUCAAUUUCCUCUGCAUCCUUAUGGUCGAUUUGUGCUUAAUCAGAACCCUAUUAAUUUCUUCGCUGAAGUUGAGCAACUAGCUUUUAGUCCAGGAAACCUGGUACCUGGUAUUCUUGGGGCGCCUGACGACAUGUUUGCGGCCAGAAUCUUUUCGUACCGAGACGCGCACAACUACCGCCUGGGGCCUAACGUGAACAAGAUCGCCGUGAACAGCCCUAUGAAUGAGGUGCACACCUACUUGCGCGACGGCCGCUCCCCUGUUAACGACAAUGAGGACAAUGCUCCAAACUAUUUCCCUAACUCCUUCCACGGCGCUCUCCCUCGUGUAGACGACCAGAAGUCGAAGCUCAUAGUGGUCCUCCAGAACGAUGAUGGCAGCAUUGAGCAAGCUCGCGACUACCUCCUUCCUACGUUCACGCCUGAAGAGCAAGAGUCUAUACCGCGAAACCUGGCCAGGUUCAUGCGGCCUGUCGUGGACUUUAUAAGAAAACGUGUGAUAGAAAUAUUCGAAGUGAUUGAUCCCUAUAUUGCUCAGAAAAUAGUUGAGCAGUUGAACGAGCAGUAACAGCACGCACCUGCAUUAUU